AUGCUAAUAGCGUCUGAAAUAUCGCACGUCAGCUCGGAGUUGAUCCCGAUCGAUCUAACCGUUUUCGGGAGUACUCUGUACCGCUUGAUCGAUACAUCCGUUGAUUCGCUCGUUCGCAACCAUGAUCCUUCGGCUGGAGUUGAACCGUGGGAGCUGGGAAAUCUCGUCGGUGGAGAUAUGCGCCUUCCCAGACCACGAUUCCAAAAUGCACUAGCCGGUCCACCCGAUGCAGCCUAUCGCUGGCCAAACGCAACCGUCGUGUACGCGAUUGAUGGCAACUUCAACUCGUCCGAGUUGGGCUUCAUCAAUGGAGCGAUGCGGGAGUUCGAGCGGUUCACUUGCGUUCGAUUUCGACGACGGCGAACGAUCGCUCCCGUAGACAAGACGUACGUCUCGAUCGACAACAUUGACGCCGGGUGUUGGAGUGAUGUGGGUAGAGGUGUUGAACGAUCCGUUGUUAAUCUGCAGCCAGGAUGUGCCAACGCACUAAUAACACCAGUGCAUGAGCUAAUGCAUUCGCUUGGGUUCUACCACGAGCAUAAUCGACUCGAUCGUGAUCGGUACGUGACCAUUCUGUACGACAACAUGCAACCUGACGAAUCCUUGCGCAGUAACUUUGACCUGGUUGAUCCUGCCAACACGACCACGUUCAACGUGCCGUACGAUCUCGGUAGUAUCAUGCACUACCGUCGUAGUGCUUUUUCUGUACGACCGUCCGAGUUGGACACCAUGCGUGCCAAAGUACCCUGGGAAGGAGAGCUCGGACAGGGCUCUACUCUAACCUGGUACGACGCGUUGCUCAUCAACAUCAUGUACUGUGGCGUGCCGGCACCAAGAGAACCACUUCCCGUGCCGUCUCGAUGGAUUCCAGCGAAGGCUUAUGGACGCAGAGAUCAUUUCCGGUACCGGCGUGUUGUUCGUGAUACCGCUAGAGGUGGAGCAUAG